AUGGUACUCGCACAAUCCCGUGACCCCUCCUCCCUCAUCUUUCCCAAAAGACAGACCCACAAGAUUGUCCCCCCUCCAAGGCUCCAACAAAACUGCCUCUCGACCACCACGACUGUCUCCGCCACUACCCAGAUCAAACAAGCCAAGGUGUCCCGACAUAGCAACCCGAACCUAACGCCCUGCCGUCCUCUCGUCUCGGUCUCGGCCGCCGACAGCGUGGUGCUACAGAGUGUACAACAGGGCCGAUACGCUCCCCAUCGUCUCCGCCUCAUCCGGUCGAUUCACACAAUUUCCUCCUCUCCAAUCCCCGUCGACCACCGCACCAUUAUCCUAUCCCUCUGCCAGCAUUGUCCAUUCUUGAUAUUUCCUCCCGCCGUUCCAUCCGGAUCUGCCGACCGGACGAACAAUGGCCGCUGUUGCAGAACCUUUCCUGCUUCUCACCCCUACUCCACCCACGGUGCCUCCGUCACCGGACGGGGUCGCCAACCGAAAGCUCUUGUUACCAUGGCCGAAACUUCUACCAAUCCCUUCCGCAACAAAGCCUUAACCUCCGCCGUUUCCAAUCGACCUCAAGCUUCCUCAUCGGCUGCUUUUCUCGAGUCCAUCAGCUCUCUCCCAAGCGACGGUCAUCCUCCUGAUUCGCUGCCCCCCACCAAGACGAAAGUCGUCAAGAGAGUCCGCCUCCAGACUCCGCCACCCCCUUCUCCCGAUUCGAGUACAGCCGAACUGGAUUACAGCAGCGACGAUACAUCCGCCAAUGCUGCUGAGCCUUUCGAAAACCGCUUCCCCUCCAAUCGUAGCCACAGUCUCCACGAAGCUGCUCCCCUCGUCGCCGCUAACCGGGGAGCAGGCGCCGACAACCCCUUCGGAACGACGUUCCCACACCCUGAACAGGACACCGUCAAGGAGUCAACGGGCGGCUCGUGGUCGAGCAAGGCUGCAUUGGACGUCAAUGCCUUCCAGCGGCUGUUGUUGACGGGACAGGGGCGCCAAUCGGACAUUGUCCUGCCGGCCUCCACAACUAAUUCAGGACAAGUUGAGGGCAACGGCGACACCACCAACGCGCCACCCUUGUCCCCUCAACCCAUAUUCGCUGCUAUGCACAGCACGACAUCGUCAACUACAAACUCUGAUACCACAGCACGCCCAUCGCAUCAACAAACAGUCCCAAAGACUGAGAGCCCGAACCAGCAUUCGCCCCUUGGCACCGUACCGCCCGUCGCUGCCGGCCAACGGAAAGCUCCUCCGCCACCGCCAAGUUCAAGGCACGGGAAGCUCAUCAAUGCACAACCGAAAGACAGCAAUACAUCACAGGGCCUGUCUUCGUCGUCCUCAUCUAUCUCCUCCCUCAAACCAGUGUCACCGUCAGAUGUCGACAAACCGCUGCCACCUGCACCUCGGAGACAUGCCUCAGACGACGACCCAGAAGAUAUAUUUGCACAAGAGGCGGCCGGUAAGGUGCCAGACCACGAAGGCUCGACCUUACCUGCGUCUGUUGCCCCUGAGAGUGGCAAGAAGCCCACGCCGGCACCCCCUCCGAGACGCGGCCACAAUCGCGCCGAGAGCAAGCAACAUGUGCUGUCGACGACUAUGCCGCUUAGUUCUGGGGAACAAACUUAUGCACAGCAGCGCCCAGACAACCUACGCAACCCCCCGGCCCCUCCGCCCUCGCGGCGGUCGGUCCCCCUGCCACGUCUGUCGUCUCGGUUUUCGUCCCACGCGGCACCUGCGUCGGGGCAUUCUCCCAUCUGGGACAGCGAGGACUCGAUCGUUGCUACUCCAGCCGGGUCGUCUACGGUUUCUCUUGAUAUAUCCGCAGAUGACCAGGCGCCGUCUGCGCAUCAACAGAAACUGUCACGGCCACCUCCGCCGCCCGCCCGCAAUUCUUCCGUCCGCCGUCCGUCCGCCAAGAAUUUGGACAGCACGAGUCGACGAAUAAGCAGCUACAGAGGUAAAGAGAACGCAGCGCCUCCUCCUCCUCCUCCUCCUCCUCCUCCUCCACCACCUCGACCCCGUCAGCGAGGGAAUAGUAAGGGGAGCAUAGACGCACGAAGCAUUGAAAGCGCUGCAGGCUAUCCAUCCUCCGCUCUGAAGGGAACCGACGACAAGAUGUGGCCCAUAUCGAAUGAAUCGGCAGAAACAUCGGCUGCCGAAUCCGGCCGAGGCGUGGACAUCCUGGCGGAUCUGAAUGCAUUGCAACGAGAAGUGGAUGCGCUGAGAGGCCAGAUACAAAACACCUAGAAGGUGGGCGUCACGGCGAAACAUCGAACGACAGGAGGAUUCUUUCUAGGUACAGGCGCUGGGGAUUAAACCAUAGAAAUUGGGGGAGGGGGGAGGCGUUUGUAUUUUCUUCCAUGAUCCACGGAUCUGCAUUCUUAGCAAGGGACCGUUUGGCUUUGGUGGUCCUGCAACCCUAUGACAACGCUUCAAGGCCAGCUCUCGAUCGGGACAGUUAACUCGAAGUAGUCAUUAGGAGGUUGUGUUCAAAUAUGAGAUUAGAAGCAGAUUCCAGCUUCAAUCAUCUAUUUCUCUUAACGAGACAAGGCUUUCAUUCAUAUAACAACACGCCGG